AAUGACACGAGACAUUGACUUUGUUAUUAUUCAUCGAUAGAAAAGGAUUGAUUAUUUGUUCGUUGCGAUAAGUUAUUUAGUACGCUCUGCAUCAUGGAACGCGACGAUCAUGACAGGAGAAUGAUCCAAUUGAGAAGCAGGAUUAAAAAAAAUGAAAAACUAAGUCCAUUUAGUGACGUGCUGGACGACAGGUUUUUACUUGGAUUUUUACGUGGGAAGAAAUUUGAAAUAAACGAUACAAUUAAUUGCUUGGAACACUAUAUCUAUACGAGAACCGUGAAGUAUAAAAGCUUCUUACAAAAUUGUAAACCAUCGCAAACUGCAAUGGUGGAGAGGGGAUUAUACAAUCAGCUAAGGGAGAGAGACCACCUAGGACGAUUUGUUUGGAUCACGCAUAUGCAUGGGACCUUCCCUCGCAUCGGUGGAGGAUUGCAUAGCUUUUCCACAUGUGAUGAACUCGUUAUGAUAAUCGACUGCAAGGAUUUCUCCUUUAACCAAGCCAGAAGAUUAUCCCUCAAAAUUUUUAUUCUUGCUAUUGAGCUAUUUUUUAAAUGUAUCCCAUGUCGACCCAAAUCGAUUCAUUUUGUCAACGAGAAUAUCCUACUUCAUGGAGCGUUAUCAAUUAUGAGACCAUUACUGGAUACAAAACUAAAGGACAGACACGUUUCUUUUGAAAUCCUUCCGGUGUCAUUGGGAGGAACGAGGGCAUUCGAGGAAGCCUAUGAGACUGAUCUACCUGACAGAGAUAACCGAAGAAAUAACAAGAUGAUGCUGAUAAGAUUUUAAUUGCAUUCACACAAUUUUCACCUGCAGAAUAAGGAAAAUUACUUAACUUUUUGUCAUCUUGAGAUUUAAUUACUAGUUAGUUUUGAUAAAUAAUUUCCAAAAUCAUUCUUUUGACAGACAGUGAUGGGCAUAAGGAAGUAGUAAAUAAAUUUUAAUGUGAAUUAGGCCAAUUUGUAAUUUGCAAUAUGUAUGUAUGAAUAAUGGUAACAAGUUCAAUGUCAAUCAUUCCAGGGUACAACGUGAUGAAAGGAAUAUUGCGUAUCUAUUUUGAUAUUGUGUAUUUAUCUGGAUAUGUACAAUUUGCUUGUCCUGGUCAGCCGACCUCGUCCUGGUCCGAGUCAACUUGUCUGUGGUGUUGGGAAGGUUAAUAUUUUACACAAGUACUGCAUGGUGUAUUAUACAUAACUGGAAUUGUCCAUACAUAAAUGUAUACCUAUACAUGUAUAGAAAAUAUAAAUACAUACAUACUCCGUGUCAGCAUAA